AUGCCAUUGCCUCCCCCGGCAGUUAAUAAGCUGGUUCAUGAUGUAAUUAAAAGUCAUGCUAUCGCUCAUCCAAGUGCUCCAGCGAUCGCCUCAGCCUCUAUCAAUUUUACUUACCAAGGCCUUGAUGAAGCCUCCUCAUGGCUGGCUUCGCGAAUCAUAUCUUUGGGAAUUGGUUUUAACGGCAUAGUACCAAUCAUCUGUGAGAAAUCGUCCAUUGCUAUUAUCUCUAUGAUCGCUCUUUUGAAAGCGGGAUGCGCUUUCACCGCAUUGGACGUUUCCCAUCCGACUAAAAGACUAUUGGAGAUCAUCGAGGAUGUCAAAUCCCCUGUUCUUUUAUUAUCCACUGAGCAAAUUCUACGGUUCAAUGACCUUGCUGGAUUUCGAAUUAUCGAAUUAUCCGAUAAGAUGUUUUCUGAGCUGACCACCGCCAGUGCAUCGUGUGCUACACCCGUUAAUGCGUCUCCAAGUGACCUGAUGUAUGCCAUCUUCACAUCGGGAAGCACAGGUCGCCCAAAGGGCGUUAUGAUUGAGCACAGAGCCUGGCUAACGGCCGCCCUCGCCUAUGGCGAAGACCAGGAGCUUAAUUUCAGCUCGAGAGUCUUGCAAUUCGCCUCAUAUGCCUUUGACAUGUCUCUAAUGGAGAUAUUCACAACGCUCAUCUUUGGCGGCUGCGUUUGUGUGCCAACAGAAGAAGACCGAUUUAACAGGGUAGAAGAAUUUGUUAACGAAAUCGGUGUUAAUACCUUAAUGUUAACUCCAUCUUACGCCAAAUUAUUGGAUCCCAUUGCAAUGCCUACCGUCCGGAUGUUGGUUACUGGUGGAGAGGCAGUUCCAAGUGACUUGAUCGAGCUAUGGAGCCCUCACGUCAAAAUUUACAUUGCUUAUGGCCCGACAGAAGCUUCGAUACAAUCCUCGGGAGCAAGAUUAGAUAUUGGAACUGUGGCGAUUCCUUCAGGUCUGCUCGGGCAUCCAACAGGCUGCAACCUGUGGAUUGUCCGAGAGGAUAAUCACAACGAACUAGUUCCUGAGGGCCAGACUGGGGAACUAGUCAUUGAAGGAAACACUUUGGCAAGAGGCUACCUGGGCGAUGACCAGAAAACAGCCGCUGCUUUUGUCGAUAUGUCUACUGGCACGGGCAUCCGGCGCGUGUUCAAAACAGGUGACUUGGUUCGACAGACCGACAGCGGCGAUAUCAUAUUUGUUGGUCGCAAAGACACCCAGGCUAAGGUGCACGGACAGCGCUUGGAGCUGGCUGAGAUCGAGGCGAGGCUGGCCCCAGCUUUGGCUGCGGGGUCGAAGUGUUGUAUUGAGAAAGUUCAAAGUCCCCACUUUGCCAAUGGCGGUGCUAUUAUAGCCUUCCUAGGCGAUAUUAUGCAAAUAUCAGGCGACACAAGCCCAGAGAUCUGCUGGAAUAGGGUGGAGACCACGUUAGAAAUGUCUGUUAGCAUGCAGGCGCAUCUGGAAACGGUGCUACCCAAAUCUAUGAUGCCACGUCUAUACGUACCGAUUACGUUCAUUCCUCUAACAAUGUCGCACAAGACAAAUCGUUCGAUGCUGCGAGAACUGAUUCAGUCUUUGGCUUAUGAUGAGUUACAGAAACUCAGAAAGGCAGAUAAGUCUCCAGCCAUUUACAGUGAUUUAUCCGUUGGAGAGUUUGCUCUCAGGGAGUUAUGGGCGGCUGUGCUCAAUAUGGAACCCGAGACUAUUGGGCCGAAUGACAAUUUCAUCCAACUUGGAGGCGAUUCAAUAACCAGCAUAAAGCUGAUAGCAGUAGCCCGUAGCCGCGGUAUCACGCUAACAUCGGCUACUAUCCUCUCAAAUCCCAUCCUACGCGUGCAGGCUCAGCUUGCAAUUACAUCUAGCAAGAAAAACCCUGAACAGGACAUCAAGCCAUUUGGGCUACUGAGGAGUCGUUCAAAGGAGCUUCGGGAGACAGCCGCUACUCUCUGCAAGCUGCCAAUGGACGAUAUAGAAGACAUUCUACCUAUGACGAUUAGUCAGUUGAGAUGGUACGGAAAAACUCUGGUUAAGCCAACUGCGUGGAUUGAUCAAUACCACUUUCAGCUCCCCAGCAACGUAAAUCUUGAGCGAUUCAUCUUAGCCCUCAAUUCAAUUGUGCAAGCUACAGACCUCUUACGCGCAAGAAUAAUCGCCUCUAGGAAUAAAGAACUAUUUCAAGCAAUCAUCAAAUUUCACCCGGUCGACAUAGCUAAUACCAACGAAACUUUGGAAACCUACUUGAGUCAAGAUCUCCUUAAUCCUAUGGGCCUCAGUGCACUGUUAAGCCGCUAUGCUAUUCUUCAUCUUGGCAAUUCCAAAAAGGUGUUUGUUUGGACAAUCCAUCAUGCUAUUUAUGACGGGUACUCCUUACCAAUGCUCCUUCAAGCUAUUCAGGACUUAUACUAUGGGCUUGAGCUAGUCCCAUUUACUCCAUUCAACCAAUAUCUUAGAGACAUUGGUGAGCAAGAUCUGCUUGAGGGAGAGACUUUCUGGAAAAAUUACCUAUCAGAUGCGGCGUGGACUAAAUUCCCUGCGUUGACAUCUGAAGCAAAGUCAUCAACUAUGGGACAAGUUUUGGCAAAUUUAAAAAUCGCUUCAAGGCAAGCACAGGUUUCACGAUCUAUAACUAUCGCCAACGUCAUACGUGUUGCGUAUGGCGCAACGCUUUCGCAGUUUUCCACAGACCGCUUCAGCUCGGUUCUUUUCUUAGAAUCACUUAGCGGCCGUAAUUCAAGUUUCUCAGGCAUCGAUCGUGUCGCCGGGCCAACCCUGCUCACCAUCCCCACUAAGCUAGAUCUCCCACGCAAGAAACCAUGUGGUGAAAUUUUGCAAGAGGCUCAGAUAUCUUUGACGGGUCGUAUGAAGUUUGAGAGUUUCCCUUUACCCCGACUACUACCCCUUGCGCCCCCUUUGGAACUUCGUAGUAUCCUACUAAUAGAAAAUGAGACAUUCCUAAUCAAUGAGGGUGGACGUGACUUAUUUAACUGUGGAAAAGAAGAGAUAAAACUGGAAGAAACCGAGGGCUUACCAAUGAUAUUCCGUUGUGCAGCGAUGCGGAAUGAGAUACAUAUCGAUGUACGGCAUGAUAACAGUGUUAUUAGUAGUAGUGAUGUGGAAAUUUUCUUGAAGACUUUUAAAGCGUUAGUCGAAGAGUUAUGGCAUGGGAGUGGAAGCCAGACUCUUGAUACUAUUCUUCUGUCUUCAUAA